AUGCUCACACACCAAAUGCCCGAUGGUGAUUUCCUAAACGAUACGGUGGUUAGGCAGAAACGUCAAGGAACUAAUAAUAUGUGCCCUCUGAACAACGUACUUGAUGACGGUUCUAGAAUUUUGAUGGUAGACGUGCACAACCUGAGAAGGACUGAAACAGCCAAUGGAGAGAGUUACGACUGUGAUUUGGAAGCAGCGGCUCAGAGUGUUGCCGAUUCGUGUUCACUAACAGUCACACCUGAAGCACAGCGCCCAGGAUAUGGUGAAAACGUGCACGUUAUCGAACAGGAAAGAAGCACGGUCUCCAAUGCAUUUGCGUUAAACGAGGUACUUUUUUGUAAUCUGAAUAGCGCAAGUAUAGGUGGUGCAUGGUACAAAACUGCUAUGACAUGCACAAUAAGAAGGCCAAGGCUUCCCGAAUGGUAGAU